AUGGCAAUUUGUAAACCUACUUUAAUCAUUCAUGGAGGAGCAGGCAACAUUCGACGUGACAAAUUACCCCCCGAUCUCUACGAGAAGCACCGUGCAUCCCUUCAGUCCUACCUGCGCUCCACCUAUGCACUCCUCAACGAUGGCGCCACAGCUCUCGAUGCCGCCGUCCACGCCGUAUCACUGCUGGAAGACGACGAGCUUUUCAAUUGUGGACGGGGCAGCGUCUUCACCUCCGCCGGGACCAUUGAAAUGGAGGCUUCGGUGAUGGUUGCUUCGGUUCAACCCCUCGACGAUAACCGACCGGGGGAAUUGAAGAAAGCCGCCGCCGUCAUGAAUGUCCGCAAUGUACGCCAUCCGAUCCAACUUGCUCGCGAAUCACUCUUACGUACUGGCUGCAGCCCUGAUGGCACGCCCCGGGCCGAUGGGGGGAGUAUGCACCCGCAGCUGGCUGGGCCUCACGUGGAAAACCUUGCUCGGGACUGGGGUCUCGAAUUCAAACCGGAUGAGUGGUUUUGGACACAAAAACGGUGGGAUGAGCAUCGGCGUGGCCUGGAAGGGAAAGAUGAACCUAUCUCACUGAGUCAAGGAACGGUGGGUUGUGUAUGUCUGGAUCAAUGGGGCAAUCUGGCUGUUGCUACCAGUACGGGUGGUAAGACGAACAAGCUGCCCGGUCGCAUCGGAGAUACUCCAACCUUGGGUGCUGGAUUCUGGGCUGAGGCGUGGGAUAUGUUCUUGCCAGGUGGACUGCUGGUCGACAAGUGUGCAGUAUCUCCCCAUGCGUACACGCAGACCACACUUUCUACGCAGAAUGUAGGAUGUUGGGACCUCUGGGGUUCGCCCUUCAGGCACAUGUUACCAAGGUGGUUUGCACAUGGCCCAAAGACGCGAGACAAUGAUCCUCCACCCUACUUGCCUCGCUCUGCGCACUGCGUCACAGGUCCCGAUCUCAAGUCUGUACUUGAUAUGGAAUGCUCGGAAUUUGAGCCUCGGCGCGACAGGAAAGCAAUUGCACUUUCAGGUACCGGCGAUGGAGACACAUUCCUCCGUAUCGCCGCCGCUCACUCCGUCGCUUCGCUUUCUCGAUUCCAGAACCUCUCUCUUGCCCAGGCGGUUCAAUCCAUCGCUGGACUAGGCGGUGCUCUACAGCGAUCGGCGGGCUCUCGGUGGGGCGUGACCGGCGAAGGCGAAGGGGGAAUCAUUGGCAUCGAAGUCAGCACGGCAACGGCCAUUUUACCGUCCUCGUCUUCAUCCUCAACUAUGGGCGUCUCGAACCGGGGCCAGAAGGCAGAGAUGGGCCCGCUCUACCGUGGAAACGUGGUUUUUGACUUCAAUUGCGGGGGAAUGUGGCGGGCCUGGAUCGAGCCUGAGCCGCUCGGGGAGGACAUUGAACGAGUGAUGGUCUUCCAUGAGGAAUAUAAUAGUGCUAGCGGCUAG